UGCCCCUCCCAGAUUUUUUUCCCUACGCGCUCUGCUUUCUGCUAUUCUCAUAUGCUCAGGAAGAAAAAUCUCGCGGCUCUAUCCUUCCAGCCGUCUUCUUCCCUUAUCCCUGCCGCCGCUCUGCUCAAAAUUUUUCUCACCGUCGUUGCCUCGUUCCCAUCCGCUCGGCCACCCUGGAUAAAAAUCCCAUCGCGGUGUCCAUCUUCUGCUCUUAGACGAGUGCCCCUGCCCUGCUCCCUACCGAGCCCCCAUGGCGCGGUCGCCUCUCCCUGGUGACUCGCCCAGCCUCUGCUCCUCUUCUCCCCGGCGCCUGGUCGGAUGUGGAUUCUCUGCUCGAAGCUCCCAGCGCCGGAUUCCCUGCAAGCUUCAGCUUCCUGCGCGCCCAGCCUUUCCACUUCUCCAGCGCCCAGCCCCAACUCCCAGCCGAGCUCGGCCGCCCGGCCCCCAACGCCGCUCUCUUCCCCAGCGCCCCUCCCCUCUGUUCGCUUGUCGCCAUGGCCGCCGUAGCUCAGCUCGACCGCUCGGCUUCCCCUAGCCUCUUCCCCUGCGAGCUCGACUCCUGCUCGCCCAUGGAGUUCGCCCAGCUCCCUGCUCCGGUGACUAGCGCUCGGCGUCCUGCUCUCUAUGCCCUGCUCGUCCCUGCGCACGCGCCGCGGUUUCCCCGAGCUCCCUCGCCGUGGAUUCUUUCUGCGCGUCCUCUCCGGCGCUGCGGUGCCCCAGCUUGGCCUCUGCCCAUUCCUCAGUCGCACCCUGCUCCAGUCGCUCACCCAUCUGACGCUACACGCUCGCCUCUGCUCGUUCCGUGGGUGCGCACUGCCUUCUCUGUCCAUGGUGCGCCCUCACCUCUACUUCUCUGCUGGCCGGCGUUUUUCCAGCCGUGGAUCUCCUUGUGUGCCGCGUCCGGCUCCCUAACGUGCCGCAGUGCCCGUCGCCCUGCGCGCGCUCUGUUUCCUCGCGCGGCUUCGUGCUCGCUUGGCCGUUGUCUUGGAUGCGCAGGAGUAGUGUAGGUGCUUGCAGUCGGUGGAUCCUCGAUAUCGAGCUGGGAUUAGAGAAGACAGUACUGUUCCGUGCGUCGCUUAUCUGAUGCUCGACGGAAUGUCCAACUGGGAGGUGAUAGCUUCGUGUGUCGGCGAGCCGUCGUUUUCCUCGUUCAGUGUUUGCGCGGGCUUGCCUGAACCGUGCUGCCAUCUCCCGACCGUUGGCCCUUGCCCACUGCACGGGCUUGUCGUGCUAGUCAACCCCGCCUCGAUCCUCGUCGUCGAUACUGCGCUUGCUGGUGGCCAAAGCUCGCGCUAACCUGCUCGAUCACACCUCGUCAGCUCGCUUCAUACUCAAUCUCGUCGUCGCGUCGUGUGUGCAUCACUCGCCAGCCAUAUGUGAUCAAAGACGUCAACCGGGAACCAUCCUCGUGCUUGCAACUAUCGCGUCGAAUUAGUCAGGGUAAGUUGAUUCAUAUUCCCGUUAACUAGGUCUAUAAAUAGAUUAAAUAGAAUUGUUGGUCACAGUAAAUAUUAUGAAUUUAGCAUGCGUAUAUUGUGAUGAUCGAUUUAGAUAGCUCGCUAAAUCAAGUAAUUAAGUUACACAGUUUAGAGAGUUAAUAAAAAGCUAGGAAUAAAAAUAGA